CCGAGAUGCGCGGCACACGCGCGCGCCGAUCUAUCGUCAUUUAAAAUAUUCAGAAUAAAAUCACAUAAUACAUCGUGAUAUUAAGUGAAUAUGUUUGUGGUGAUAUUCAGUGUCAAUGUGUGCUUUGUGGUCGAGUGAGGAAAAUCGUACAAAACACCAGCUGUGGGGUGCAACCUAGCGUAACACUACCACAUGACUUCAGAUUAGCUGGUCAUUGCAGAUAUAACUCAACAAUGACUCUCACGUAAUCAUGUGACAUCCACCAGCAAAAUGUUUGCGAAAACCGACAGAUUCUGGGAUCGUAGAAAGCAACGGAAUGCACGAUGAUGCCGCGAUACCAGUUUUUCGAUUCAAUCAAAUGAACGCUCACGCGAUCUCGCUCUAGUUAAGUACCGAAAAGCAAUAUUAGUUUAGUGUAAAUAAGUGUAUAUAAGUGGACGCAAUAUUUCGAUGUGUAGAUUAAAUAAAUCCGUUCCUAUAGGCAAUACUUUAUCGGGGGCCAAUUGAGUCUAGGUAGAUAUUGUGGUAGCAAAAUGCUUGGAAAUAGCACGUUGAAGACAAUGAGUUGGAAUGCCACAAAUUCAAGCAAUCUAAUACCGAGUUAUUUGAGUUCAGAGGAAUUUUUCGCUUUGCAGAACGGAUCCGACUUAAAUGCGACGAUAAACGACACGAUAAGUCAGUUCGUGCUGAAGAGUUGGUAUCCGAGUGGGUACUCGCCUGCGCACAUAAUAAUUGCGUCUGUGGUGGUCACGGUGCUCAUGAUAAUGGUGGUGGUGGGAAACAUGCUGGUUAUAAUUGCGAUCGUAACGGAGAAGGCUUUGAAGAAUAUACAGAAUUGGUUCAUAGCGUCGUUGGCUGUGUCGGACUUCUUUCUCGGUCUGGUGAUAAUGCCGUUUUCCCUCGCGAAUGAGUUGAUGGGUUACUGGAUUUUCGGUUUCUGGUGGUGUGAGAUACAUUCCGCGAUGGAUGUGCUGUUGUGUACGGCAUCGAUAAUGAAUCUGUGUCUCAUAUCGCUCGACCGCUACUGGAGUAUAACCCAGGCGGUAGACUACCUGAAGAAGCGGACGCCUGCGCGCGCGGCCCUCAUGAUCGCUGCCGUGUGGUUGAUGAGCGCGCUGGUUUGCAUCCCGCCCUUGCUGGGCUGGCGCGUGAGCAGGCCGCCGGAGCAGUUCCCCCAAUGCAAGGUGUCAGACGACAUCGGCUACGUGAUAUACUCAGCCCUCGGCAGCUUCUACAUCCCGUCCUGUAUCAUGGUAUUCGUGUACAUCAGGAUAUAUUUCGCCGCGAAGGCGAGGGCCAGGAGGGGCAUACGGAAGAACCCGAGGCCGAGAUCUAAUGAACAGCAGACGAGUUUCACGAACGCGCCGAAGGGGACGCGCCCCAUGCCUUCGUCGUCUCUGUCGAUGCCGACUGGAGUAGAUGCUAGUAAUUCUAAUAAUAAUAGGGAGAGCCAAAUCUCCACAAUAGAAACACAGCAAGUGCCAAUACCCGUGGUGACGUGCGACUUCGCGUCUGACAUAUCAACGAGUGAGGCGGGCGACGCGCCACAGCCUGACGAUAGGAAAGACACGUUGAAGGUAACGACAUGUGCGCAAGUCACAAGAAACCCUCUCGCCGCGUGUGCCUAUAGACAUUCCUCGCUAUCCGUGAACGGGGAACUUCAGCUGCAAGCCCAAAGGUGUCGUGCCCCCAGCGUGGCGAUUGACACUGACAUGGUGUCGGAGCUAGAGCCAUCUUCGUCCGACUCCGGCGUGGCCACACGCUGCGCAGUUGUCAAACCUCUGAAACUCCGGAUAUGUCAGCCCAUAUUCGGGAAAAAGUCUGAAAGGAAAACGGAAAAACAACCAUCCAAAUCAGAAUUAGAGCCAGCGCUCCCUAAACAGCAUAAACCCAGAGACCCAGAGAGGGAGAAGAGGAGGUUAGCGAGAAAGAAGGAAAAACGUGCGACUCUAAUUCUCGGUUUGAUUAUGGGCAGUUUCAUUGCUUGUUGGCUGCCUUUCUUCUUCCUUUACAUUCUGAAAGCCGCGUGCAGACGUUGUGUUAUACCGGGCAGUGCGUUUGCUAUAGCCUUCUGGUUAGGUUACAUGAAUUCGGUACUAAAUCCGGUCAUUUACACGAUAUUCAACAAGGAUUUCCGAAGAGCGUUCAGACGGAUACUAUUCAAGUGAUGUUUGGCUUACCUGUGCUGCUACAGAUGUGUCGCCAACAGAAUCCUGUUGGCCCAACAGAGGGCAGUACCAGGUCUUUACAAUGUGCGUUGAUCGAAUUAUAUACUAUAUGUUUUAUAGCCUCGGGGAAGGCACACGGAAUUUUUAAUCCCGACUGACGUUAUGCUUUAUUUUUAAAUAACCAGAAUACAUACGAUGAAGAUUUUUGUACAGAUGAAUAUGUGUGUAAUUGGAAAUCGCAAUGUUAUUCAUAAUCACUUGAUGAUCUGACAUGGUCAUUGGUCAUGCCAGGUUUGUAACACUUAUCGUUUCCGUGUGCCUACUCAGAGGAAAUUUGGUUGAAUUUUAAACAUCUACUGUGACUUUGGAAUUGUUUAGGAAUUGAUAUUUUAUUCACGUUAUAGCUCAGUG